UGCUACUUCUGGGCUAAAGACGCAAUGGGAGACACUGUGAUCGUGCUACACACAGGUGACAGAGGAUGUGUCAAACAGUUUGUCAGUUCGCGCUGUACUUCCUUCUUAUCGCUGCUAAUUUCUUCGGUGAUAGUGUUGAUUAUUGGGAUAAACUCGAAGGUGCGUUUUUCACAAGCGCCAGUGCAAUGCCUGACCGGAACGGCUUGUCAUUAUUUAAAGGAGAUAAAAAGUUAUAGGGGUAAAUCUGACAAAUGUUCAAUGACACAUUCUUGUCCUGUUUCUGCGCACAAGCUCCUACGAUUAUAUACAAGACUUCCGGGAUCCGAAAACUUACAAGAUCCUGUUUUCUCCAGCACUCAUCGCGUUUUACUCACGUUUAAUUUGACGACAUCAGGAGAAGAACAUGCAUCGGGAGUCGAGGUGCUAACGGAUGGUUUCGUCAUACAAACGUCAGGUUUGUACUUAGUGUACAGUGGUGUCAAGUUUAAGCCGAACUCUACCCGCUACUCGGCUGAUUUUACAUACCAGACUUGGUUCCAUUACUUGCAGAAGGAAAAUCCGAGAUCGCCAAUGAGAUCAGGAGUUUUGUUGAGAACCGUUCACACUGUCUGCCCCAACUGUACUGGUUCGCAGGAAUCUUCAUACACAGGCGGAGUCUUUGGUUUGGAGCAAGGAGAAAAACUGUUUGUGACAAUGUCCGGUCAAGGAAUCGUGGAGCUGGACACUGAGUCAUCCCACUUGGGUUUGUUUCUGCUGCAAACGACAUGAAAAAAAAUGAUUUUUUGUCGGAAUUCUUCAGCUACUGAUGGAGCCAUGAGAUCAGUGUUACUCCCGUAGACACAGUGUGAUACAUUCGUUAUAUUGUUACAGCAGUUUAAAUCUUCACCUAAGUCGUAGAUUUAAUGUCGUGGUAUUGCAUUUCAAGUAUGUUUUUAGGAUUGUUAAACUUUAUUGCAAUUUUUUAUUUAUCAUAGUUUUUUAACUAUGCGCUUUUAUAAAUUAGCCGUCUUUAUUAAACAAAGAACAUGAUUUUUGGACUGUGAUAUUUUAUAAAAAAAUAUUUGCUCAAAUUGGUACAGCUAAUAGAUUUAUUGUCACUGCACUAUUUCAUUCUAAUAUUAACGUUGAGAUUGUCGUGUCGAAUAUUGUGAUGACAAGAUACACAGCUUGCGAUUAUUGAAGCAAAGCGUAUAAUGUCAACAAAACGUUUAUAAAACAUAUUUACAUUGACAUUUUCCUUUCUCUUCUAGUCAUUAUUAAAUAACAUUUAAUUGGUUACUAAUACUCAACACUACAUUUUUAUCUAAGCACAAUGUAGAGCCUAACUUAAAUGGCAGAUUAUAAUAAACGAGCCGGCCCGCGGCAUAACAUACGCCGCUAUUUAGUUGUUUCUAAUUUUCAAUAAUUCAUAAUUUGUGAAUUCGACAGUACCAACGCUGACACUGAAAAUAUUUCUUUAAAACACUAUAAGUAGC